GUGCAGGGAAAGCGGUCGUUUUUUUCAUUAUCGUGUCGUUGGAAAUAGUUUAUAAUUAUUGGAUGAUUUUCCAAAUUUGCAUCGAUUCCGGCUGUGGCACUGCUUAAUAGCUGCGAUACAAAAGCAUCACAUGCUAGUUUAGUGAUUAUUGAGAAAUUUGCGAGUCGGAAAGUGCAAACUAACCAAUGGCGAUGUCAGCACCACAGCAGCAGCAGCAGCCACCAUCAAAAGUGGAAUAUUUUUACGUUUAUGUGGCCGAAUCGGAGUUCUCAACCGUCGGUUAUUGGAUACAGCUGGAACCGGAUAAAUCGCUUAGCUUGGAAAGCUUGCGUGGGUAUUUUUCGACUUGCUUCGGAAUCAAGCACAAGAUUGUAAACGCUUGCAAUGGGAUUGAGGUACGAUACAUCCGGUACCAUAACGGGUACUUCCGGUUCCCGCCGGGAUUAGACCUGAAUAAUACGCGCUUUGUGGCGUAUUAUUACAGCGACGUGGACGAUAUUAGAUCGUUCAUGGAUAUGGUUGACUCAAAUGAUGAUGUAGGGGAUGCUGGAGAAAUGCCUACGUUGACAUUGAAAACUCCUGAGCUUCCAUCGGAGGGGAGUAACAACGAUGAUUCAACACUGUUGGGACGUACGAUGGACAUUUUCCUCAUGGACAGUGUUUUACGGAGAGGGGCUCAAAGUACUCCCGUUAAAGGGAGUAGCAACGGACAGAUGCCGCCAGUACGGGAAAAUGUAUCAUCUACAUCGGAUGUUAUCCUGAACGAACCUCCGGUGGAAAUGAUUACGAUUAACGACACAAAAAGUACGCUUCAGUGUCCUUUUCCACCACCUCCGGGACCACCUAAGGAUAAUCCGAUGCUAUCGCCCUCAACAUCGUCCGGUAUAAGAGCCAAGCUGGGACCCAACGUUUCGUCCACUUCCGAUGAGAAAAGAAAUAACGCAAUCAAACAUGAGAGAAUCACCAUUAAUGACUCCAGUGGUUUCCAGCGGGAGCGUAGCUCUGUAAUGGUUACAGUUAAUACAGCUCCCCAGUCCAGGAAUAUGCUUGAUCGGUACCAACAUACCCGUCCAUCUCCCCAAAAUGUGUAUACAAAAACCCCUCUGAAAGUUACCUUUAAAGGCCGGGGCCGUCAAGUUCAGCGUAACAAGAAGAUCCUGAAAAUUGAAGACUAUAAAGGUCGAACGACCGCUUUACUUACCAAAAAGAAGUGGACCGAAACUGCAGAACCCAGAGGCCAAAAGCGUCGCUCGGAAUCGGGUGAUGAGCUUGAAGAACGCUACGAAAAGCGACGCCGCUAUGAAAAUCAGUAUCAUAAUUACCAAAAGCCGGAAACGAAACCACUUCCCGCCUACGGGAAUGACCUUCUUGAGAUAAAUGUACUCCUCGUGGGCUUCCACAAUCAGCGCCCGAUCGAUCAUGAAACGAUUAAAUAUUUUUCGGAUUUUGGCAUCGUGACAAACCUUCAGGUUUCACCCCAAGAGAACCGGCACAGUGCGACCGAGUAUUAUGCGUUCAUGAAAAUCCGUACGAAUGAUGCUUUAUCGCUGUUUUCCGAUCGGCACCUUUACAACAGGACCAUCAUCUAUGCCAUCCGGGUGGACGGAACACGACCGCCCUUGAAGCUCACUUGCAAACUUUGCGGUUACUACGGUCUCAAUGUGGGCUAUUUACAUUACCACCUAGAAGGUCAGUGCCACCAGCACCAUUUGACCAAACGGCUGGAGUCACGAGCUGCAGAAUUAGGUCAUAAAGUCUAUCUGGAUAGCUACUAUCGAAUUUCGUCCGGCGAGCUGUUCGUGCAGUAUCCCGCCAACAACGUCCAGGAAAUGGUCCGCCACGACUACUGGAGACGGUGCUAUCAACCGGCUACCUAUUCUUCUGGCGCAGACGCCAGACCGGAUUAUCGGAAUUAUUACAGUAGUGCAGAUAAUGGGGAACGUUAUUAUUAAACCGGUUAUUGUUAAUUGCGUGAACAAUGUUCGUGAGUUGAUCUCACAGGUCACGGCGUUGAAACUGUGAAAUCGAAUGCUAUUUUAUUCAACGCUAGCAGAAUCGUUCUGAGCAAGGCGUCAUUUUACUAUUUAGAGUGUAAGCUGUCGAAGAGAAAAACUCAAAUCGAUUGAACAAACAUGGUUAGCAUGGCUCUCUCGCCAUUUGAAACGAGAUCGGAAGUAGAAGAUAAUUAUCGCUAGAAUCAAUGUUCUGCGAAUCAGAAUCAAAAACAAGAGAUAAAAUUCAACGUCAAAUCGAACGUUGGUUGAUUGAAAAGAAAAAAAAAAAUGCUUUAUAGAAGCUAUCGAAUACGUUGAGCAAUUGAAUAGAACUUUGUCGCUAGAAGCGCUUCGUGUGAAUUGCUGAAAAUAAAACCGUGA